AUGACGUCCCCCUCUCCCCCACGAACUGGCACACUCUACGACUCGCCCCGUACGCAUGAUUCUGGCCGCACUCUGAGCAGCUCUCUCGACAGUCGAACUCCUCGUCUGCGUCCUCCCCGCUCCCUUCCACCCUGGAUCGAUUCGUACGAAGAGAAGCACGGUUCCGUGAGCGACGACCAGCUACGACUUCUUCAUCCUCCUCUGCGCGCCGUUCAACCUCAGCACAACUCAUCUCCGAGUGACCCACAACGACGAGUAUCGAAGGAUGGCUUCAUAGAUCCGGAUGACCCCCUCGUGGGCCAAGGCCAGGGAACGAGGGGGAAAAUUCCUCACAUACUGCGCUAUGGGCGCGCGUCGAUGCGCGGAAGGAAAUGGGACCACCUCAGGUCGGCAGAGCCCGUUAUUGUCGCGGGCUACAAACCCGCCAUGACGGCACAACCGAGCAUAGCAUGGACGGAUUUUGUGCACUCGUCGGCGUGGGGCCGCAUGCCCAACGAGGAGUCCAAGGUCGUCGACAUGGAGGCUAUGAGGGGUCUUCAACCGAGCUUUAACGACCCGGCACGGCAGCCUUAUAACGCCUUGGAAGCUCGGAUAUCGCGGAAGAAGAGGACAUUGGGUCCAUAUAAACGGUUAUGGUAUUUGGCUACACGGCAUUCUCUUGCUCCACUAAUAUUUCGACUGACCGUCAUGGUCACCUCUAUUAUUGCCCUUGCGAUAGCGGCACGGAUUCACAAACUCGAAGAUGUCGAUAGUUCAGGCACCGCUGAGGAGACGCAAUCUGUUGUCGCUGUUGCUGUGGACUGUGUGGCUAUCCCCUACAUUGGCUACAUGAUUUGGGACGAGUACACGGGAAAGCCCUUGGGUCUGCGGUCUGUGGUUUCCAAGAUCUCGUUGAUCUUGCUAGACCUCUUUUUCAUCAUCUUCAAGUCGGCGAGCACGGCGCUCGCAUUCGAGAGCCUCGUCUACCACAACUUGACAGACACCGCGGUGCGGAACCUGUCCAAGGCUCUGGCAGCAUUCAUGCUGAUAGGGUUGAUGGCUUGGACCAUGAACUUUGCAGUAAACAUAUUUCGGACGGUUGAGCGUCUCGGCGGAGGAGAAGACGACGGCGCACAUGGUUAG